AUGGAGAAACUUGAAUCGCAAUCAGAUACCGAUACCGAUAUCGAUAUCGAUAUGGGAGACUCUAUCAGUGAACCUAUGGAUACGGCCGAUGAUGGCCACACCGGCCCGUGUGCGCCUUGUCCUACCUCGAUUCCUGCAUCCGCCCUUCUACCUAUCCGAGAUAGUUAUACAUCACGAAGGAACGACCUGAGCGAUGAUCGAGACGAUGAUGCCGACUCCGAUACGGAAUUUGCCUCUAUCAUGGCUACGUCCAUGCUGAACGGCAUUCUCAAUACCGCUUCCAACCCUGUCUCUCCCGGCUCGUCCAGCCCUUCUCACGAUCAAGCCAAAACAUCCGAUUUUGUUCCUCCGACGAGACCGAGCAGCACACCAUUUCCUCACCCUGAUCGCCGACACUCCAAGCCUUGCUGCUCUAGCGGCUCUCCACAUGGCGCCGACCACGAUACUCCCACUGACUCUACCGCUUUCCCCGAUAACGAGCCAGUGGUUCUUCCUCGCCCUAUAACCGACUUCAACCAGCUGCCAAUUGAGGUACAUGAAGCGAUACUGGAUCACCUGUUCGGGUAUCGAGUCUCGGCUACAUCGCGAAGUUCAAUGGCCGUAUCGAGUAUUACAAAGAGUUGGGGGACGGCACUUCGACAUUCGAGGAGAAGGGAAUUGACGGAAUUGGCGCUUGUGAGCGAUGUUUGGCGGAUUCUUGUUCAACAGCGGCUAUAUCGUCAUAUUAAACUAAAAGCGACUGUGGACUGUCUGGAAGAUGCUAUGGUUCACCUUGCUCUGCACGAGCAACUGCAAUCAUAUGUCAAGCACAUUGAGAUCUGGUUCCCUGUUUUCCAACCAACCUACGGGCCCGUCGCUCUGUCGAAUACUCUGACGCUUCCUACAGUAACCAUGGAAGGACUGACUAACGCGACAUAUACUUUACCUGGCAACAACUGUACCCUCGAGCAAGUGUUUCAAUUCGUUGGACAGACUCUACCCCAGGCCAGAGUUUUGACCCUGGAAGGAGGAGAGCGACGCAAGGCACCGAGAGUUCUUCACUUUCCCGAGCAGAAGAUCGAUCCGGCCAUUUACAAGCCGCUGCCUGUCCUCGAAUCGGUGCAGACUCUAGUCACGAGGGGCCAGUGGAAUCUUAUGCGAGAUGAUCAGGACUUUGCCACAGUUCUGAAUGCUUUACCAGGUCUUUACGAGUGGCAGGGCUCCUAUAGCAAACCAAAGUCAAAGAGCUAUAUUACGAUGGCCGAGUUUCUCCCAAAACUCCCACGUCACAUCACGAAUUUGAGCCUUUGCCUCGAGAGCGACUAUCGUCGAGAGGGGGUCAUGCCCCCGUUCUAUUCGAAGGUCGUACAGAAGACGCACAUUUGUGCAAGGAUGGCCGAGGCGUUACCUUCAUUAGAGCAUUUCGCCUACACUGGCCGCGUUUGUCACCACUUUUUUGAUGUGGCUAUGCGGUCAACUGACUCACGAACAUCCCGACUCAAGACUCUGGACUUGACAGUCAAGAAUUGCUGUCGAUACAACACAAGCUUCCACGAGGCUGGCUCUGGCAUUCAAGAUAUGGGAUUCAUCGAUGCCUUUGAAAAGUUGGUACUGUCUGCGAUUCGAUCACUGGAAAAGCUCAAGGAGGUGGUUUAUCUGAGGAUUCGGUUUGUUGAUCUCGACUCCGUGCUACCCCCUCUCAACCCAUUUUUCAUUAUGCACAAGGGCGCCUGCUCUGGCGUCUGGAGCGAGAGGAUUUUGGCCGAGAUGGGUCGCGUACGCCCCGAUGUUCAUUUCCCAGAACUGAGUGAGUCCUUUGGCAACAUUGUGUACAACAAGGACGGAAGAAUGGUCAUUACACCUGACCCCCCGAGGACGAAGAUCGCAUCACUCAAAUUGUCGAAUUAUCGAUCUCUUGCGACAGGCAUCACGAUUCAGUGA